CUGACAGGACCGAGGGUCUCCCGGGUGCCCAGGCCCGGAGGGCUCCCCGAAGCAUAGGAUUGGGAGAACAGUAAAUGCUCUUAAGAAGACGAUCUUUCAAGAAAUACAGUCAUUGGGGGUGACACUAGAUUCACAAUGGAGGUUCCCCCAGCAGCCAAGUUUGGUGAGACCUUUGUGUUUGGGGACAGCUUAGAGAUGCAGCAAGGACUCUUCCCAGAGGAGGACCUGGGGGACCCUUUUCUUCAGGAAAGAGGUUUAGAGCAAAUGGCUGUUAUUUAUAAGGAGAUCCCUCUCGGGGAGCAAGACGAGGAACAUGACGAUUAUGAGGGCAAUUUCAGCCUAUGCUCAAGCCCUGUUCAGCAUCAGAGUACCCCCCCGGUGAACAGACCCCAGGAUGAUGACGUCUUCAGCCCAACCUUCUUCCAGAAAUCAGACCUUAGUAUGUGUCAGAUAAUCCACAGUGGAGAGGAACCCAGUAAACACAAUUGUGAGAAGGCGAACAGGGCACACUCAGGACCUAACGAGCCUCACAGAACUGCACCACCCACAAAACCCUAUGCAUGUCGGGAAUGUGGGAAGGCCUUCAGCCAGAGCUCACACCUCCUCAGGCACUUGGUGAUUCACACCGGGGAGAAGCCCUAUGAGUGCUGUGAGUGUGGGAAGGCCUUCAGCCAGAGCUCACACCUUCUCAGACAUCAGAUCAUCCACACUGGGGAGAAGCCCUACGAAUGCCGGGAAUGCGGAAAAGCCUUUCGCCAGAGCUCAGCCCUCACGCAACACCAGAAAACCCACACUGGAAAGAGACCGUACGAAUGUAGGGAAUGUGGGAAGGAUUUCAGCCGGAGCUCAAGUCUCAGAAAACACGAGAGAAUCCAUACAGGAGAGAAACCUUAUCAGUGUAAGGAAUGUGGGAAAUCCUUCAACCAGAGCUCCGGCCUGAGCCAGCAUCGGAAAAUCCACACGCUCAAGAAACCUCACGAAUGCGAUCUCUGUGGGAAAGCCUUUUGUCACAGGUCCCACCUCAUUCGGCACCAGAGGAUUCACACUGGGAAGAAACCUUACAAAUGUGAAGAGUGUGGGAAGGCCUUCAGCCAGAGCUCCAACCUCAUUGAACAUCGUAAGACCCACACCGGUGAAAAACCCUACAAAUGCCAUAAGUGUGGGAAAGCUUUCAGCCAGAGCUCCUCCCUCAUUGAGCACCAGCGCAUCCACACUGGGGAGAAGCCCUAUGAGUGUAGCCAGUGUGGGAAGGCCUUCUGCCACAGCUCUGCCCUCAUUCAGCACCAGAGAAUCCACACCGGAAAAAAACCUUACGCAUGCAACGAGUGUGGCAAAGCCUUCCGGCACAGGUCAGCCCUUAUUGAGCACUAUAAAACCCACACCAGAGAGAAGCCCUACGAGUGUAACAAAUGUGGCAAGUCCUUCAGGGGAAGCUCACACCUUAUUCGGCAUCAGAAAAUCCAUGCUGGGGAGAAGCUCUAGAAGGAGGAACUCACACCAAAGCUUGAGACCCUUUCCCAGAUGGAGCCCACACCCCAUUGCCUUGUCUGAAAGACCCUGCCCACCUCCCUUGAUCCCAGGGCCAAAUGGAAAUGUGCCACCCCCAGCGCUUCUGGCCACACACGCUAGCAGCCAGGCCCCCUCACGGACCCCCGGGUGCCCCACACGCAGCCGGUUUACUGAGUGGCAGGAAGGGUGGAGUAAUGGGAAGGCCCCUGAAACAGAGGCACACCCCAAAAGAGACCUGGCCUUCAAGUCAUUCACAUUUGACUCCCAAGCCUGGGAGAUUGGGUUUUGCCAUCUCUUUGCCUUUGUCAAAAUCCAGAAGAAUAAACAGAGGGAGAAAGUUGAGUGAAACACACAAAAAUGUCAGAUGGACUCUUUAACAUCAGCUGCCGUCUGGCACUUUGAGAAGACAGAACUGUGCUCACAGUCCAAAUCCGCUAAAGAAAAAUGAAUCUGGAAGUAGAUAGGUUAACAGCAAAAUGGAAUCUUCCACCUGGCUUGAGCAUUGGCGGGGAUAACCAACAACAGGUUACAGAAGAAAGGGAGGGUCUGAAAGGACUCAUUCUGGGGUCGGGGAAGAGGGUGGCAAGCCCCUGGCAUGGUCUCUUGAUCCCUGUUCUGGGUUAGUUAAGAAUAGUUUCUGGCGGAUGGCUCUUUCAUAGGAUGGUAGAGGUUUGGUCCUGUAGGCCAGAGGACAUUUGACCUUGGCUUUGACUCAGCCUGGCCUAAGGCAUUAGUGCCCUCCAGUUAUAACCUCUCCACGAGACCUAAGGCUCCCCAGACCACAGCAUGCCUCAGUCGGCCCCAUGGCUGGUUUCUGGUCCAGUGGCUCUGCAGUGCUGGGGGACGUGGGAAGCAUGGCCAUCCAGUCAGAGGUCCCAGUUCAGAUCCCAGUUCCACUCCUCCUACUUGUGUGACCUUGAGGAAACUCCAGGGCUCUGUUUCUCAAUCUAUGAGAUGGGGCUAUUGGGACCUGGCUGACUCCUGUUCAGAAUGAAACCAGCCAGGAAGUGCUUUGGCAACUGGCAGUUGAGGAUGGAGACCCAGAGGGACCCUUGCCCUACCCAGAGAUCUAUUUCCUAAAGGCAGGAGAGGCACCCCUGCUGGUUCCCUGGAUGCCAGGGCCUGCAGUCCACCCUCUUGUGGAACCGGGGCUCAGGCUUUCCAUCACCCCCUCUAACCUGCUCCCGGGGCUGUGGGUGCCCUGUGGGGCCACCUCCCACACAGGGACCCUUUCCAGAUGUCAUCCUGAAGCUCUCCCCAGCGUCAGUGUGGUCUGUGCGGCCUGCGUCCCCAUGCUUCUCUCCUCUCCUCAGGCUUUGCUCAAGAAGUACCAUUGCCUGCUGCCUGCCUAGACCAAUUCGGUUGGCAUCCCCAGAGGUGGGGCUCAGACAGUGGUAUGUUUUUAAAGCUCCCUAGGUGAUUAGAAUGUUCUAGUACAUAGCCAGGGUGUGAGCCCUAUGCUAGGCAUCGUAAGACCCCAGCGUCUCCCAAAUGUGCUUGGCAUGAGCAGAGUUUGAAGGUGGCCAUUCUGUCUCAGUCCCCAUGCCUCCCUUCUGCCAGGAAUUGGCACGGGCCGCACCGUGUCUGGCUGGUUGAGGGGUGUCUGGCCCUGGUCCUUGGGCCUUCAUGUGUCCACCGGGAUCUCUUUGGUACUGCCUUCCCCCAGGCUCCUCAGUGCCAGUCUGAGCGAUUCUGAAGUUUUCCAAAAGUUUAUGGCUGGGAUCCCAUGAUCAUGGGAAUACUGGCUGUUUCAGCUCAGCUUGGCGGUCAUGUAUUGUUUUGAUGAAUACAAAUGGACAAGUAAUGGUUACUUAGUAAGUGGAGCUUGGCAGGCUGGAGACUUUAAAAGGCCAGGUCUCCAGCUGGGGGGAUGACAGCAGGCGUCCCAGCCAUGGGGACAGCAGUUGCUCCUUUCCAGCUCCUCUCUGUUGCAUGAAUGUGUGAAACCUCGAGCCAGCACCCGGGUCUCCUAGAACCUACCGUACCACCAGCUAGACCAGCCUGACCAGCUGGCCCCACGUAUUGUGGGCAGGUGGCCUGCACUGAGGGUCUGCAGUCACUUACUAAAAGUGCAGAGAGAAUUGAGACCCCUGCUCAGCGUGGGUGGAACAGCACCCCCCCCCAAGAUCUACCUCCUUGGCACCCCCAUUUGGCCUCGCCUUGGCCAGGCCUGUCCUCACCUGGCAGUCAUCAGUUUCCUACCUUUGAUGUCUCUCCGUGUGCUUCUGCACACACCAGCCAAAUUGAUUUUUCUAAAGCAUCUUUUUGCACAUGCCACCACUUUCCUUAAAACCAACCCUCGGGCUGUUCUGCAGAUAAGCCCCCAUUUUAGCCAAUCUGGCUUGCUCCUUUGGAACAGACCACAGGGGCUUCAGGCCACCCUGCCUGGACGCUCCCUUGUCUCCCGGCUUCCCUUAGCUUAUUUUAUGCCCUUCUUGCGUUUUGGGAUAUGCACUUUUUCCUCUUCCUCAUCCCCCGACCCCCGUCUCCUCCUUCCUCUUGACAAUUUAUGUAACAUUGAGACCCCCUUUUCAGAAGGGUGGACAGAUUCUCCCAUAAUGGUGGAACCAGGUACUUUUCAAAGACUGAGCAGGACCUAGUCCCUUCUGUUCACAUUCCUUCACCAUUUUAUAUAUUUUCAAAUCUUUCAAUUUAUUUAGGUUCUGUAACAGUAUAGUAUUACAAGAGAACAUUCUGGUAAUAUUUUAACCGUCCUUGGAUUUAGUUGUUGUUUUUGUUUCUUACUUUUUUCUUUUUUUCCUUCUAAUGGCAGAUGUUGAGUGUUAUAAAGCUCCGGCUUUCAGUUUUAUUGACUAAUUGGAUGGUUUUGUCCAAGUGUAUGUAUUGUCUGCUCUUUUUUUUUUAACUUCAUAUUUUAUAUUUCUGAAUUUAUUUAGCUAUAGCUAAUCAUAUUUUUAAUGUUUCUAGCAAAUGCAGGUACUCUGGUCUAGGACUUUUUUCUUAGAGCUUUUUCUGCACUCUUUCAACUUGACACAUGCAAGUUCUUGUUACCGUACGAGGAAUUGCCUUUUGGCCCAAGGGUUGUUAUUUUUUCUGUACUUCCAAGUGAUGAGUGCAUAGGUCAUUGCCAUUCUUUCUUACUGUGCUGUGGUAUCAACAUUUCUAAGUGUCCAUAGAAUGACACUGGGCCUGAAGAUACGAUUGGUUUUUAUAAAGCAUUUGUGUACUCUCAAGAAAUGGGUUUGUACUCCAUCCGUUCUAUUUGUUAACUUGUUUUUAAAUUACUUUAUUCAAGUUCAUACUUUCUCUGUUGUUUACUUUACAUUUCUUAACCUGGGGUCUGCAUACUGC